ACAUCAUAAAAGAGAGUAUUGAUUUUCGAAUAUGGUUAGUUUUGGUACUUAUUGAUCGUAUAGUUCUACGAUUGAUCUAGCACGUAUAUCACUUUAUGUAAAUAAGAUGAAAGGUGUCGCUAUCAACUAUAAAGAUAUAGUUAGUGGAAUUACUGUUGUCUAGUUUCUUAGUUUUCUUUGUCACAAUAGAUAAAAAGAAUUUAAAGCUUGAAUCUUUGCACUGAAAUAAAAUCCGUGUGAUAGAAUAAGUCUAAACCGUUAUGUGAAUAAAUAUCGGAUUCAUAAUUCAAGUGAGGCUGAGCCUCUACACGCCAAAAACAGGUAAGGCUCAAGCCUCACGAGCCUCUACGUUCCGCCGUCUAUGGAUGCAGAAAAUGUGAAAUUUCUUAACAAUGGUAAAACUCCGGAUUACGAGCAUAGGUAACUUUUUUCUUAUCAAUCUAAUGAUUCGAAUGCAGAAAAAAAAGUCAUUUUCGCUCUUACAGGAAAAAAGGAGAUAGGUUUACAAUGUAAGACUGUCGACAGUAUACGAGGUAAGUCUUGAUAAGUCAAGCAAAAGACACAAGAUUGACAAAAUCUCAUCAAACUCAUCUAAAUACCAUAGUUUUAUGUGCUCGAUUUAUAUAUUAUAGUUUUGUUGAGAAAAAUCCAAUAAAAGAUGCAUAAACUCUUAGACUAAUGGGGAAAAUCCAGCUUUUUUUUGGGGUUUUCUGAAAUCUUUUGUAUUUUGAGCUUUUCUCGGCUCAGAUGAGGUCUGGCAAUUUGAAAGAUAUAUAUUCUGAAUCAGCGCAAAAAGCUCUAUCAACUGAUAUAUAAUUCAUUGAGUUUUGUUUUCUGUUCGACUUUUGCAUUACGUGCACCUUACAAACAUUUACUUUUAUAUUGUGCAGCUUGUACCAUAUCCAUCUUUUUUAUUAAUCGUACAUAUCAUCUGCACUAAAUCCAUGAUACAAGGAAACAAAGCCAAGAAGGAAAAACAAAGUGAAUCACGCUAUAACGUAUUUUUCUUUGUAUAUUUACCUUUCCAGUUAAUUCGAUGUUAGUAAAUUUGAUGUAUUGAUCUUUAAAUCUAUUAACGGAGCUGAUUUAUCACUAAUUGGCUAUUUUAUCUAUUUUACUGACCAAAUGGUUUAUUCCGCCAAAAAAUUGUAACAUUUUUUUAUUACAAUUUUUUUUCUUUUGUUUUCUCAGGCACCACUUAAAAUGCUUAUGUUAACUAUUAUUGUAUCAUUCUUUAAAUCAUUUUUUAUUAUUCUUGGUAUGUUUUUACUUAUGUUAAUAUAUGCCUUGGCUGGUGUUAUACUUUUUGGUUGUGUUAAAUUUGGUCUUGAACUUGGACGACAUGUUAAUUUUAAAACAGUACCUAAUGCAAUUCUUUUAUUAAUGAGAAUUGUUACUGGUGAAGAUUGGAAUAAAAUAAUGCAUGAUUGUAUGGUUGUACCACCACGAUGUACAUGUGGUGGUUCCUAUUGGGAAAGUGAUUGUGGAAAUUCAAUAGCCUCUAUACUUUAUUUUUGUUCGUUUUAUAUUAUAAUUACUUAUAUCGUAUUAAAUCUUCUUGUUGCUAUUAUUAUGGACAAUUUUUCCUUAUUCUAUUCAAGUGAAGAAGAUGCAUUACUUAGUUAUACGGAUAUUCGUCAUUUUCAAACGGUUUGGAAUAUGAUUGAUACAGGACGUAAAGGUAUUAUACCAGUUCGACGUGUAAAAUUUUUAUUAAGAUCACUUCGAGUAAAUAUAAAUUAA